UCGCCUGACGGCGAGUCAGAGUGGCAGGAGUUGUCCUUGGUGUCACAUCUCAGCUCCGCUGGCUGCCAUGGGAAUCCCCAAGACCGUCCUGCCCGUUCUUCUCGGGAUCGGGCUCUGCCUCACAGGCUCCCAAGCCCUACAGUGCUACAGUUUCGAGCACACCUACUUCGGACCCUUUGACCUCAGCUCCAUGACAUUCCCCAGUGUCUCCUGCCCGCAGGGAUGCUCUGAGGCCAUGCUGCUGCUCGACACUGGGUACCGCUCCCUGGUGACAAUUGUCCGCAAGGGCUGCUGGACCGGCCCCACCACCGGCCCCAUGCAGACCAACCAGGACGCGCUGCCGCCCGACUACGCGGUGGUCCGCGGCUGCGCGACGGACUUCUGCAACACCCAACUCAAGAACCACGACACCCUCCCCAACCUGAGCCAAGCACCUGACCCACCGACGCUCAGUGGCACCGAGUGCUACGCCUGCUUGGGGACCCGCCCUGAAGACUGCUCCCCUGAGAGGUCCCGACGGGUCCAGUGCCACCAGGGCCAGAGCGUCUGUUUCCAGGGCAAUGGCCAGAUGAACAUCGGCAACUUCUCGGUGCCCGUGUACAUCCGGACGUGCCACCGGCCCUCCUGCACCACCAUGGGCACCACCAGCCCCUGGACGUCCAUCGACCUGCAGGGUUACUGCUGCGAGGGCCACCUCUGCAACAGGGACUCGGUGACACAGACCCUCCCCGGCGUCACGUCCCCAGCCCCUCCCCGGGCCCCCCGAAUCCUGAUCCUGCUGCUCGUUGCUCCACUACUGGCCAUCGCUCUGGGAGGGUCCUUUGGGAUCCCCGCGUAGACAGGGCCUCCAGGACCGCUUCGCUUCUCACCACCCGAGCCCCUAGAGCGGGCUCCCUUAAAAAUGGCAUCAAAACGAGAAGCCCACUCCUAUAGCCCCAGUCACAGUCUUCCAUCCGUCUAUGCACCCCUCAUUACUGCACUGCCCCCACCUCCUGAAGGCCUGGGAACUAAUCAGUGCUUUGAUAGAGUGAGGGCCCUCAAAAUCCAACCAGCUUUCAACAGAGUCACCCUGCUGCUCACCAAGCCAUCAACGCACGAGCCUUUUGUGACACCUCACAGCCAAGCCCUGCCACUCGCCUUAAAAGCCAUUUCUCACAAGGGUGAUGGUAAUCCCAGCACCCAAGAGGCUGAGGCAGGAGGAUCACUGCUUCAAGGCCAAGCUGGAUAACACUGCAAGUUAUAGGUCCAGCCUUGAGCUAUACUGUGAGACCCAUCGGGCAGGGGUAGCACACCUUUAAUCCCAGCACAUUGGAGGCAGAUGUAGAUGGGUCUGUGAGUCUGAGGUCAACCUGGUCUACAUAGUGAGUUUGAGGGCAGUCAAGGCUACAUAGUGAGACCCUGUUUCAAAAG